AUGAUGGACGACGGCCCUCCCGCGGCCGAGGCGGCCCCAGGGCCUGCGGGCUCGCCGCGAGGCGCCCCUGGGCCGCUCCGCAGCAACCGCAGGACCGCGCUGGCCAACGGGACCAUCGUGUUCGCGCUCGUCCUCUUCGGGAGCUCGGCGCCGCUGCUGGACUCCGCCGUCACGCUGGACGGCGUCGCGUUCUGCCGGCACCAGUUGGGCAUAUGGCAAGUGCUUGAGCGCGUCGGCGCUCACGCCGGCGGAUUCGUCGCCGUGGUGUUGGCGCUCGUGGUGGUGGUGCUCCCGCUGGCCGUGGCCGCGCUCGGCUAUCUCGGCACGCUGCGGGCAGGGGACGACUGGCUCCUGCGCCUGGGCGCGGCGCUCGCGCCCUGCAUCUGCACGGAGGGGGACGUCCACGCGGUUGCCCUGGUGGUGUUCUUGUUCACCGCGCAGGAGGAGACCACCUCCGAACGGAGAUCCCCGCGGGUUCCUUCGCGGGCGUGA